AUGGAAACUACCCCACUGUCUACAUUACCUUCCUCUACAGCAUCGGCUUCAGCAGUUAUACAGAUUUAUGCACACAAAGAUCUUCAAAGAUACCCCCAUAAACCUCUCGGACAAGAUGCACUGCAUACUUUUCAUGAAGUUCAGCGCAUCUGUCAAACGGAAUUGUCGAAACGCAUCAGCCGUAUAGCCGAUCCGAAACACGUCUUAUGGUCUCUUAAGAUUGUUGGAAAUUCGGAAGCCGAAGCUAGGCCAUCGAUUGUCUUCAAUGCUACUAAUAAGGUUGCCAAGGAGAUAAAGAAGUUUUUCGACCAAGCUCACAUACGUACCAUUUUGAACAGCUGCGACUCAAUUUUGAAUGUGUGCAUUAUUAACACACCACCUCGCCUCCUCGCGUCCGAAAAUUCGUUAGUCAUCAGCAGACGAAUACAACGCAACAAGGUACCGGAUACCACAUGCGGCAUGCUCGUGAAAGUCACUCUCGGGGUACAAUCAAAUUAUGGAACCCUGGGUGGUAUUGUCCAAGUUGGCGUUGUACUUUAUGGAAUGGUGACUAGCCAUAUUAUUGGGCAGCUGACCGGAGCCAACGAUAGAAGCUACCAUCAGCAAUGCGGUGAUAAUGAGUCUAUGGAUGAGGAGGGUGCGAUUCUCCUGGAUGAAACGGUUGGCGUCGCAAGUGACGUGGUCAGCUAUAAAACACUCACAAAAGCAGAUAUGAGUCCUGAUGUCGAGAAUCCUCUACCGCACUCUAGGGAUUUAGACUGGACCCUAAUACCUCUCGAAUCUGGUUUGUGGUUAUCAAAUCACUUCGAGAAGCCCGGUGAGCAAUUCGAGAAGAGCUGCCUGGAUCUUACAAUUGGCGAAGACAUUAAGCAGGAACCGAAAAGCGUGGCAAUAUUAACAGGUAAUGGAGUGAAACUCGGGAGUCUUGUACUGCAAUACGCCUCGUUGACAAUAAGUGCUGGUGGUUGUUUCACAGAUGUCCUGACGCUCAUCCUUGAUAAGGAAUCCCUACUUCAACAUGGAGAUUCAGGUUCAUGGGUUGUAGACCGAGUGAAUGGUCAAGUGUAUGGACAUCUGGUAGCGGUCGAUAGCUUCGGUGACGGAUUGGUUGUUCCUAUUCGAAGAGUUCUAGAGGACAUCAAACAACAAACAGGAGCAGAAUAUGUCCAACUCCCCACCCGCUACCAAAUCGAUCAGCUUAAAAGCCGGGCUGAGAAAUUCGGUUCUGUUCAAGCUAACCUAGAAGAUGACAAGACGCCGCUGUUGGGGGCCGCAAAAAAUGGUCAUGAGCCUAUCGUCAAGGUGCUCCCCGAUAAGGGUGCCGACGUCAACGGCCUCCAGGCUGCUUCGUUGAGAGGACAGAAGGAGAUGGUCCAGAUGCUGCUCGACAAGGGCGCCGACGUCAACUUACAAGGCGGAUACUAUGGCAAUGCCCUCCAGGCUGCUUCGUUAAGAGGACACAAAGAGGUAGUCCAGAUAUUGCUCGACAGGGACGCCGACGUUAAUGCGCAAGGCGGAUACUGCGGCAAUGCCCUCCAGGCUGCUUCGUUAAGAGGACACAAGGAGAUGGUCCAGAUUCUGCUCGACAAGGGCACCGACGUUAAUGCGCAAGGCGGAUACUAUGGCAAUGCCCUCCAGGCUGCUUCGUUAAGAGGACACAAAGAGGUAGUCCAGAUGCUGCUCGACAGGGACGCCGACGUUAAUGCGCAAGGCGGACACUACGGCAAUGCCCUCCAGGCUGCUUCAUGGGGAGGACAUAAUGAAGUGGUCCAGAUGCUGCUCGACGAGGACGCCGACGUUAAUGCGCAAGGCGGAUACUACGGCAAUGCCCUCCAGGCUGCUUCGUUAAGAGGACACAAAGAGGUAGUCCAGAUGCUGCUCGACAAGGAUGCCGACAUCAACGUACAAGGCGGACACUACGGCAAUGCCCUCCAGGCUUCUUCAGAAGGAGGAUACAAGCAGGUGGUCCAGAUGCUGCUCGACAAGGGCGCCGACGUUAAUGCGCAAGGCGGAUACUACGGCAAUGCCCUCCAGGCUGCUUCGUUAAGAGGACACAAAGAGGUAGUCCAGAUGCUGCUCGACAAGGAUGCCGACAUCAACGUACAAGGCGGACACUACGGCAAUGCCCUCCAGGCUGCUUCGUUAAGAGGACACAAAGAGGUAGUCCAGAUGCUGCUCGACAAGGACGCCGACGUCAACUUACAAGGCGGAUACUAUGGCAAUGCACUCCAGGCUGCUUCGUUAAGAGGACACAAAGAGGUAGUCCAGAUGCUGCUCGACAAGGACGCCGACAUCAACGUACAAGGCGGACACUACGGCAAUGCCCUCCAGGCUGCUUCACUCGAAGGAUAUAAUGAGGUAGUCCAGAUGCUGCUCGACAAGAACGCCGACAUCAACGCGCAAGGUGGAUACUAUGGCAAUGCCCUCCAGGCUGCUUCACUUGGAGGAUAUAAUAAGGUGGUCCGGAUGUUGCUCGAUAAGAACGCCGACGUUAACGCGCAAGGCGGAGAUUACGGCAACGCCCUCCAGGCUGCUUCAUUUCGAGGACGCAAAGAGGUGGUCCAGAUGCUGCUCGACAAGAACGCCGACGUCAAUGCGCAAGGUGGAUACCAUGGCAGUGCCCUCCAGGCUGCUUCGUUAGGAGGACACAAUGAGGUGGUCCAGAUGCUACUCGAUAAAGGCGCCUUUCAAGCAAGACAGGGAACAGAACGUGCGCUAUUAACAACUAAUGGCUUCAAGAACAAGCGCGAAAGGUUACUUUAA